UUGAAAACGAAAAAUGAUUGAAUAUAAAUGUGUACUUGUAAACAAAUGAUUUUAUAUCCUGAAAAAUUAUUGAACCAUAGAGUUGACCAUUUAAAGUGUGUAAAUCAAAAUGUUUUAAACUGGGACUGUCUAAUAUCCGUUAAAAUCAUAUGGGUGUAUUGUGAAACUAAUUUUACACCGUCAUGAGUUUUAUAUACGGUAUACAAAAUGGAAUAAACAACAAUGUGAAGGAACUAUUGUGUUUGUGUUUACAAUUUCCCGUUUAAAUAUAAGUAACAAUAUGCGGUAAAUUGACAUUUUAUGAGAAGGAUGACACAGGCGUAAAAUGGAUCAAGCUGUAUUGUUGGACUAUAAUGGAGAGAAGAAAAUGUAUAGUGAUCCCGUGUUUAACCUGUGCCUUUGUGUUGAUGUUUUUAGUAUUCCAGACAGACGUCAACAAAUUCGAAUUUUUUAAAGUCUUCGACUACCAGAUUAAAAAUAUAACAAAACGUAACUCGACGAAAAACACUUCACUAUUUUUUAAAGGAAACAACAUUCCAGUUCAAUCAAAAACAGUUAAAAAUGAAUCAACAGCAAUAAUACUCCUUAAACAAGCCAAAUUUACCUUUACUACUAAAGGAAGAAAUGAACCAACGACACGAUCAUUUCUGAAACAAACUAAAUUAAAUUUUCCUACUAAAGGAAAGACAAUUUCUACAACUAAAGGAACGAUAACUUCUACUUUAACUCCAGCUAUCAGUGCAGUUAGAAACAAUUCUAACAAUAAAACACAUUUUUUAUGCCCAUCAUUCCUUGGCGGAUUUGGAAACACGAUGUUCCAAUUGGCCACACACUUUGGUGUUGCAAUGUCUAAAGGUAUGCGGGUUAUAGUUGCAAACAACUCGGAGUUAAAUCGUGUUUUCAGACUUGAAGACAUUGAUAUCAGGAAUAAUUUAGAUAUUUGUAAGACAUUUAUUUCCAGAGGAGAAAGACAGGGUUGCUCUUAUGAUAAAAAUCUAGUGAACUUUAACAAUUCUCAAAAUAUAAGACUAGGACAAUAUCUUCAGUCUUGGAAAUAUUUUUAUGAUUUUAGAAGUCAACUUAAAAAACAGUUCACAUUUAGAGACCAGUUACUUCAGGAAGCAAGAAUUAAAAUAGUUCAAAUAGUGAAACGAUUCAAUAUAGGAUCAAGAAGGGACGUCACUCUAAUUGGUGUUCAUGUACGCAGAGGAGACAUGGUAAAUAAUUCAUUUGGAUAUGAUGUAGCAACACCAGAAUAUUUAACUAAAGCCGUGCAAUACUAUAAAUCAAAAUAUAAGAAUAUAAUAUUUAUUAUAUCGUCUCAAGACAUUCCAUGGACAAAGGCCAACAUGCCAAAUAACACAAACGUUGAAUAUUUAACUAGUCCGAAAAGGGAGAUAAUCGUAGCUACUUUAUCAUUAUGUAACCAUACCAUAACAACAGUCGGUUCAUUCGGUUGGUGGAUAGGAUGGCUUACAGGAGGAGAAGUGACGUAUUUCAAAUGGCCAUCAAAAGAAGGAUCUGGAUUAAGAAAACAAUACAGCAAAGAUUAUUCGGAUUUUUACUACCCGGGAUGGAUUGGAUUGUAAACGAUAUAAACUUCUGGAUAUAUUAUUACGGAAAUAUUUGAAUUAUGAGUAUGCAAUCCGAAACAUUUUUGGUGACUAGAAAAUAUAUGAAGUCAGCUUCGAGGCGCGUGAUUUUAUUUUGGUUCAUUGAUAACUGUUGAAUUAAGAUGUGAAACUUGAACCGUUAAGUGUCGGGAUCUAUCUAUGCACCAUCGUAAGAGGACGAAAGUAUUGCAUUCAUACAUGUAGAUACGGUUAUCACACCUCUCUUCUCAGAACAGUUGACUAUUGCAUUUUAAGAAAAUAUGCUUUUUUUAGGGGACGGUGUGUUGUUUUAUCCAUUUAAACAUUUUUGCUUACCAUAGUUAUAAGUUGUUGUUGGGUUUUGCUAACCAUAGUUAUACGUUGUUGGUGGGUUUUUCUUACCAUAGUUAUACGUUGUUGGUGGGUUUUGCUUUCCAUAGUUAUAAGUAUCUGUUACAGUAGGUGGGUUAUCUCAGAAUUCCAUAGCCGGUGAUAACAUGCAUGAUUUACAAAUAGCUAACACAUUGUUUCAAGUUUUUACAAGCUGUGUCAGUAUGUGCCUUUCUAUGUGUGUUGGUUGUUUUGCUAAAAAAAAGUGGCAUAUCAUAAAUUGCAUUAUAAAAAUGCAUUCAUUGAAUCAGCCACGUCCACUAGCAUUGAAAUAUUAUGUAUGUGUUCUAAUUAUAGUACAAGAUGAGUUUUACGUCUUGCAUUAUAUAACCAAGCAUUUACAGUUUACAAAAUUAUUGUUGAAGUUAUUUGUUAUUUGAUUAGAAAUAAAGAAUUCCAAAGAAAA